UUACAGAUGUUAGGCAAACAUCAAUGCAGAAAGAGUGUUGUAUUGUGUUGAGGUUACAGUGUCUUCGUGAUUUUUUGUAGCAAGGUUGGAUAUAGAGAGAGAAUCCGAAGAGGAAAGAUGAACACAGACAUCACUGCAUCGACGAAACCAGAAUACCCUGUUGUUGAUCGCAACCCUCCCUUCACCAAAGUCGUCGGCAACUUCAGCACUCUCGAUUAUCUCCGAUUCGUCACCAUCACCGGCGUUUCCGUCACCGUCGGCUACCUCUCCGGGAUUAAGCCUGGAAUUAGGGGUCCUUCGAUGGUUACAGGGGGUCUGAUUGGAGUGAUGGGUGGCUUCAUGUAUGCUUACCAAAAUUCUGCCGGGAGACUCAUGGGUUUCUUCCCCAACGACGAUGAGGUAGCUCGACUCAACAAAAAGUAAUCCUUUUCCGUUUCUCAUUACAAAAACUCUCUUUUGUAGUUGUUUCUGAACAUUAAUAAUCACAUUUUGCCUCUCCUAUUUUUUAAGCUUUUAUUUGUACGGAAUUUACUUCAUUCUCCUUAUAAAGGAGUGAUAAAACCUUGCUAGUUUAUUCUAUAAUUUCGCUUAAGGGAGACAAUGCCAAUGUAAUGCCUUUUUCUAGAAACUGUGGUAAAAUGUGGUAUGCAAGUUUGUGGAUUUUGGUGUUUUAUUUGACAAGAUGCAUUUUCCUUGUUAA